AGCAGCAGUCUUCUUCUCUUCUCCUCCCUCCCCCUGUGAGGGUGGAAGUGCGCCAUGAGAAACCCAGGAAUGAAAGAGUGAGUUUGUUCGCUCGAGCAAAGAUGUACUCUGGUGCGACUGCCACUGUUGUGAAUAGAGAGUCAGAAGUCUUAAAUACGAGAAAGUUUUUGAAAUAA